GACAGUUGAUACCACCCUGUAAACACAGCCGACAACGCGCAGCCGGUCCCCCGUCGCAUAUUCAAGGCUAGAAUACAGCGUCCGGCCGUGAAGAGUCGGUAUCGAGUUAGAAGGGAGUUUUGGUAGUGUCCGAGCACUGACCUUGACCACACCCGCCUUGCGUCUACAUCCCGGAGGUGAUAAACAGCAUCAUCAGCAAAGGGGUACGUCUUCUCACUAUCUUCCCACAAGGAUACGCCGAGAUAUCACUCACUCACUCACUCAUGCACUCGUCAGCACUCAAGGUUUCAACCACGUGUUGGUGUAGACAUGAACGUCUUCUGUAUACUUGUAAGCACGUGCCUGUGCCUCGGUCUGGCUGAAGAUGAGAUCAUUGACCUCACUCACACGUUCGGGAAAAGGACGAUCUACUGGCCGGGAAAUCCCCCGUUUAACUUUUCCAACGUCUUCCUGAUAAAUGUGUCCCCGGGAGUUGUAGCGGAAGCCAAUGCGUUCCAGACAGCCGAGCACAGCGGGACUCACAUGGAUGCCCCCAGACACUUUUGUCCCAAGGGGAAGCGUGUGGAGGAAGUUGUCAUGGAUCGGUUGUCAGGACCUGGGGUCGUCAUCGAUGUCAGAAAAGAAUCAGAAUCCAACCCUGAUUUCCAGGUCAGCGAGCAGACUUUCACAGACUGGGAGGCGAUGCAUGGCACCAUUCCAGACGGAGCGAUCGUACUUUUCAACUUUGGCUGGGACAAGUUUUGGCCUGAAAGAAAGCGUGUCUUCAACUCCGAUGAUGUCAUGAAUCCAUCAAGUUUCCACUUUCCAGGGUUGAGUCCCGAUGGAACAAAAUGGUUGACGAGCAACCGCCGAGUGCACGCGGUGGGGGGCGAUACUCCAUCUGCCGACCCUGGUCAGACAACUUUAUUCGAGGCACACGUGAUGUUGCUGUGCGAUAAUGAGAUUAUAAUUCUGGAGAAUGUAGCUAAUCUAAACAGUAUGCCAGCUACUGGAACUAAGGUAUACAUUGGCGCCCUGAAGCUUGAACAUGGGAGUGGAACACCUGUCAGGCUGUUCGCUGUUCCUAUGUCUAAUGCCGCCGUGUCCGGGUGUUCUAUGUGGCUGUUCACGUUGAGUAUGCUGUUACUAGCAUUGCUUUAAUCAACCGGUGUUCCGGUGUACUAUGUGGCUGUUCACGUUGAGCAUGUUGUUAAUAGCAUUGCUUUAAUCAACCGGUGUUCCGGUGUACUAUGCGACUGUUCACGUUGAGUAUGCUGUUACUAGCAUUGCUUUAAUCAACCGGUGUUCCGGUGUACUAUGCGACUGUUCACGUUGAGUAUGCUGUUACUAGCAUUGCUUUAAUCAACCGGUCUUCCAGUGUACUAUGUGGCUGUUCACGUUGAGUAUGUUGUUAAUAGCAUUGCUUUAAUCAACCGGUAUUCUAUGUGGCCGUUCAAGUUGAGUAUCUUGUUAAUGGCAUGGCUUUAAUAAUCCGGUGUUCCUGUGUUCUAUGUGGUUGUUGGCAUUGUUUGUAGGAAGACCUUAAUGCCUGCUUCGUCUGACACUCACACCACUGUUUGGUGUUCCACGUAUCAUGCCAUUGUGGCUUUGUGUUCUGGUCCAAUAUUCGAGAUUUAUUGCUGGAAAUAACAGCUUCAAUGAAGCCUCCUUUCAUUUCACACUUAGCAGCACUGAUCGGUGAUCCGUAUCUAGUCUGUGUGUUCUAUUCCAAUAUCCGUGGUUUAUUGCUGGUAGGAACAGCUUCACUGACACUUCCCUUCCCUACUGGCACAUCAGUAGUCGGUGAUCCAUAUCUAGUCUGUGUGUUCUAUUCCAAUAAUCGCUGCUUAAUGUUGUCGAUAAAAACAGUGUGUUCUAUUCCAAAAUUCGUAGUUUAUUGCUGGUAGGAACAGCUUCACUGACGCUUCCCUUCGUUCGACACUGGCACAUCACUGCUCGACGAUCCGUACAGCUUCACUGACGCUUCCCUUCGUUUGACACAUGCACGGCACUGCUCGGUGAUCCGUAUCUAGUCUGUGUGUUCUAUUCCAAUAUUCGUAGUUUAUUGCUGGUGGGAACAGAUUCACUGACGCUUCCCUUCGUUCGACACUGGCACGGCACUGCUCGGUGAUCCGUAUCUAGUCUGUGUGUUCUAUUCCAAUAUUCGUAGUUUAUUGUUGGUAGGAACAGAUUCACUGACGCUUCCCUUCGUUCGACACUGGCACGGCACUGCUCGGUGAUCCGUAUCUAGUCUGUGUGUUCUAUUCCAAAAUUCGUAGUUUAUUGCUGGUGGGAACAGAUUCAUGGACGCUUCCCUUCGUUCGACACUGGCACAGCACUGCUCGGUGAUCCGUAUCUAGUCUGUGUGUUCUAUUCCAAUAUUCGUAGUUUAUUGCUGGUGGGAACAGAUUCACUGACGCUUCCCUUCGUUCGACACUGGCACGGCACUGCUCGGUGAUCCGUAUCUAGUCUGUGUGUUCUAUUCCAAAAUUCGUAGUUUAUUGCUGGUGGGAACAGAUUCAUGGACACUUCCCUUCGUUCGACACUGGCACGGCACUGCUCGGUGAUCCGUAUCUAGUCUGUGUGUUCUAUUCCAAUAUUCGUAGUUUAUUGCUGGUGGGAACAGAUUCACUGACGCUUCCCUUCGUUCGACACUGGCACGGCACUGCUCGGUGAUCCGUAUCUAGUCUGUGUGUUCUAUUCCAAAAUUCGUAGUUUAUUGCUGGUGGGAACAGAUUCAUGGACGCUUCCCUUCGUUCGACACUGGCACGGCACUGCUCGGUGAUCCGUAUCUAGUCUGUGUGUUCUAUUCCAAAAUUCGUAGUUUAUUGCUGGUGGGAACAGAUUCAUGGACGCUUCCCUUCGUUCGACACUGGCACGGCACUGCUCGGUGAUCCGUAUCUAGUCUGUGUGUUCUAUACAGCUUACUUAAUAAUGCCCCAUAUCUGCACGAGAUAAGCAUCAUAUUAGGGUCCCCCUGAACUGGUAAUUAGUGAUGUAACUUACACUCUAAUAAUGUUCAUAUGGAGUCAAAUAAACCAUAAAAUCCCA